GUUCCCUCGCGAUACCUCGGCGAGUCGCGAAAGCGCAAAAAAAGCGCUCUAUUUCCUCGGCAUCGACUUUGAUCGGAUCUUAAUUACCUCAGGGAGGUCUCCGUUUCUACAGCUUGAGGAAAAGAUCAAAGAGAAUUGGAAACGAUCGGACGAAACUUCGUCGAGAGAUGAAAGAAAGGUCUCCAGGUCGCGAGAUUUAUUUUGGAAGGAAAAAAAACUUCGCGGGAAGCAAGAACAGGAAGAACGCUUCGUUGGGACGAAUGGCGGAUCUCUCGUUAAGUACGAAAGAGUUCGCCGACGAGGUGACCGAGUAUUCCGAAUGUGUCAGCGCAGUAUCGUAGGCAUUAAAGAUAGAUAUAUCUGAGAGAGAGGUGUUCAUAACGAAUGUUUGUCACAAACAAAAUAUGUUUGGAUCAUUACGUAGCAAGUUUCAGACAGUGCAAGAAGGUAUAUCUGCUAGUAUACGAGGCCUGUCAACUGCUGAACAUCCAAAGAGCAAAAAGUUUGUCAAUGUACGAAAUGUAAAUUACAAUGCAGGUGCAGAUUUAUUGCACCACUUCCAAUUACAAUGGAAUGAACUUCAUGAGCUUGCAGAGGAAAAUGCAGGAAAGGCUCAAGAAGCUGAUACACUGAUAUCCUCUAUUUACGACAAGUUUGAACAUGAAUGGAACAGUAUUGCGUGUUUAAACAGUACUUUAGCUUAUAUUCCAAAGAUUAAUAAUGCAAUUCAAGAUCUUAUGGACCAAAUAGGAAAUUUACAGGAAAUGUUUGAAGAAGUAGAAGGAGCUUUGUAUCGAUUGGAAGAUCUGAACGAAAUGUUAGAUUUGCAAAGUAGACAACUGGAUCAUAGAUUUCAGUUAGCUUUAUACAAAGAAAAAAAGUUGAUAGAGUUAAAUGAUUUUAAAGCAAAACUUGGUAAAGAACAUAUUCAGAGAGUCUCUCAACAUGAAUUAAAGCAACAACAAAAAUUGAAAGAACGACGGGAGACCUUUGAAGAAGCUUUCAAAGAAGAUCUUGAAGAAUACAAAGCAACUGGAACUAUAUCAAAACUGCCAGUUUCUUCACAAGGCCCAUCUUUGGACGAAAUAGUGUUAGACAUCGAUUCGAAGAUAUUUGAUGAAUUUUUAGAAAAUUAAUAGUAGAAGAAAUAUCAUGAGUUUGUGCAUUAUUACAAAAUUAUGAUCUUCAUUUCAAGAUGAAAUUAUAUAUGAUGAAAUAUAAUUUUCAAUUACAUUUCUUAAUAAUUAGAUAUUAAGGCUGUGACUGGGACAAUUCAAGCUUUCUAAUAUAAAGACUUGUAAAAAUGAUGAAAAAAUUGUCAGAUGAACUCUUCCAGAAUCUUGUGUGUCUGUCAAUGUAUGUAUAUACGAUGCCUACACUGGUUUUUAAAUUGAUUAGAAUUUUGUAUAAUCUUUUUAUAGAUAGAUUUUAUCACUGUAUUAUAUAUAUUGUUCAAUGCUUUGAUUAAAGAGAAUUUUUAGAGAUCCUGAUAAAACUCAUGUAUAGAUACGAGAAAACAAAUUUUGUUAAAUAUCCUUAUAUAUUGUAUCGUGCAAUAAA